AUGGUUAUGUUUCAUGGACAUAUUGGGCAUUCUCACGGUUCUCAUGGAGUUGAAGACAUCGCCAAAUCAACGCUUUUAGACAAAGAUUGUGGCACUAUUGAUGGGACAGAGUCUAAACAUUUAUUACACUCCCAUCAAGAUAGAGCUAUGGUAAUGGCUGAAUUGGAAGCGGUUGAAGAAUCUUUAAUGAUGCAUACUCCAAAAUUAAAAAAUAAUUCGAACAAAAAAGGAGGAGGGGACUUUUUAAAUAUGAGAGCAGUUUUUCUUCAUGUUUUAAGUGAUGCUGUUGGUUCUGUUAUUGUUAUUGCAACAGCACUCGUUUCUUGGUUAAUUGAGGGAUAUGAUUGGCUUAAACUUUAUAUGGACCCAACUUUAAGGUUUUUUUUAUUUAAAUAUUUAUUUUAA